CACGUAACCUAUACAUGUUUUCCCCUCUCCGUAAAACAAAGAACCCAGACAUCCCUUAUGGCUGCCGGCGGCUGGUCGUCCCUCCCCGCCGAUCUCCACAAGGAGAUCUCCGGCCGCCUGUCCUCCGACGCCGGUCUCCUCCACAUCCACCAGGUCUGCUCUCACUGGCGGGCUUCCACCUCCCUCCCAGCCGCCUUCCGCGAGUUCCGCCCAUGGGUCCUUGUCGGCCGCGCGGGGCGGAGCGGAUUGAUUCCGAUCGGCGACUACUCCCUCCGCCUCCCUCGUCGCGGCGCGCAGAGGAUGGGAGUCGGUGCUCCUCCGGCCGGCUUCCCGUACUGCUGCGGCGUGUCCCGGGGUUGGCUCGCCCUGGUUGACGACGCCCGAUCCCCGACGCGGCUCGUGCUGUGGGAGCCCCUCUCCAACACGGAGAUCGCUCUCCCGUGUCCGAGCCCUCUCACCCAAGUCUUCCUCUCCGAUGAUCCGCUCAUAUCGUCGAACUGGAUUGCCAUUGCAACCCAGCUGAAGGGUCUGAAUGGGCAGACGACGCUCCUCAGGCUCAGGCGCCCUGGAUAUGCCGACUGGACCAUGAUGUAUGAGUAAGGCUGACUUACAUAAUGACUUUGAAGCUUGCCUUAGCGAAUAAGCUGUUCUUUAGGUGCAUGUUAGGCCUUGUCCAGGCUGAGGGAAAUUCAUGUGGUAACUCUAUAUGAUGCAGAAAAUUCUUCAUGAAUUUCUUUCAGUUAUGAUUAUGAUGGUUUGCAUUUUGCAUUGGGGAAAACUGUCUGAUCUCUUGUGCCCUCUUCAUAAUGCUAUCAUGAACCUUUGUGUACCAUUUGAAUGCUCGUUAUGUUAUAUCAAUGGAAUCCUCUUUUGAUGGUA